AUGAUUCAACAAUUAACUUCAAGAAUAGAUCAGCUUGCUGCUCAUAAUAGAAUGUUGGAAAACCAAAUAGCUCAACAAGCAAGUUCUUCUAGCAAAACACAAGGAAAACUUCUAAGUGAGCCAGAGAAUCCUAGAGAACAUUGCAAGAUAGUGAUCCUAAGGAGUGGGAAAAUUAUGGGAGAAGGAAAGAAAGAUGAGGUAGAAGAGGAAAAGAAUAAAGAAGAUGAAGACAAGAAUGAAUAUACUUCAAAUCAUGAUGAAGUUAAUGAGGAAGCAAACAAGAAGAAGGAAGUUGAAAAAGAAGAAGAGGAAAAGUAUGUGCCUCCACCACCAUAUAAGUUGCCAUUGCCAUAUCCUCAGAGGUUUCAGAAAGCAAAGCUAGAUAAGAGACUAGAAGAUUAUGAAACUGUGGCAUUAACAGAGGAGUGUAGUGCUCUCUUGCAGAAUAAGCUCCCACCGAAAUUGAAGGAUCUAGGAAGUUUAUCUAUUCCUUGUCAUAUUAGGGAUACUAGUAUUGAUAAAGCAUUGUGUGAUCUUGGAGUUAGUGUUAGUUUGAUGCCACUCUCCAUUUGUGCAAAGUUGAAGGUUGGAGAAUUGAAGCCAAUAACAAUUUUUUUGCAAUUGGCUGAUAGAUCUAUCAAAUAUCCAGUAGGAAUUUUGGAGAAUGUACCCUUAAAAGUUGGAAAAUUUUUCAUUCCUGUGGAUUUUGUGGUUCUUAAAAUGGAAGAGGAUAUUCACAUACCUAUCAUUUUAGGAAGGCCUUUUUUAGCCAUAGCAGGGGCUAUAAUUGAUGUGAAGAAUGGUAGAUUGACAUUAAAAGUUAGAGAAGAGGAGUUAGCUCACAAAAUCCGACUUCUUACAGGUCAUAUCACAUUUGAAAAUGCAAAGGUAGGUCGUGCUUCAGUUGGCUUCUACGUCGGCUAA